GUUUCCGGCCGCGGGGCCGCCGGGACAGCGGAACCGCCAUGGCCGGAACCGGCACCGGCAGCGGGCCCGCGCUGGAAACCGUGCAGGCGGAUGGGAGCGAUGGGGACUGUGUCACAUUCGUGCUGCACGAUGAGGAUCACACCCUGGGCAACUCCCUGCGCUACAUGGUCAUGAAGAACCCUGAUGUGGAGUUCUGUGGCUACUGCAUCACACACCCCUCAGAAAGCAAGAUCAACUUCAGGAUCCAGACCAGAGGAGCCCUUCCUGCUGUGGAGCCAUUCCGGAAAGGGCUGAAUGACCUGAUGGGUGUUUGCCAACACGUGCUCAGCACCUUUGAGAGGAGCAUGAAGGAGUUCAGGGCACAGAAGGAGGAAGAGAUGCAGUAACCUUUGGGAAUGGAAGUGUAACCUGUGUUUUGAAUUCUCUGUGUCCAAAUGAGGGUUUUUUGUUGUUUUUUUUAUGACUUUGCUGCAAAAAUGUAUUUUCUUGUAUAAUAAAGUUUAUUAAUUUA